CAAACACUCUCCACUUCUCCACUCCGUUCGCAUCUUCUCCAUUUUUUCACGCCACAUAUAAAACAUUACAAAAUCCUACUGCUUUAUUUUUGAACCCAGAAAAAGAAGGCAGAGAGUUUUUAGAGAUUAAAAAUAGGUGAUGAAUCUUAAAGAUUGGUGUGUGUAUUAUACAAUAAUGUUGUUGUUGAUGAAAUUCCGUUUCUAUUAAAACCAACAAAGGCUGAUUUCUUCAAGAAGAAAGAUCCAAAAAGUGCUUCUUUGCUUCUGAAACCAAAAUGAAGGCCAGGAAUUUGGUGUUGCUGAUGUUAUGUGUUACGGUUAUAUCUCCUAUUGUUCUUUAUACUGAUAGAUUCUCUGCCUCUUUCAAGGCUUCUUCUUGUAUCUUCUCUUCUUCUUCGUCAAUUAAUUUGUUUUCCCAUCUCAAUUUCAUACCUUGUUUCUUCUUCCUCAAUUAACAUUUUUCUGGGUUUGUUUCGUUUUUGCAGCUAGAAACCAAUUUCUUGAAGAUCUUUCAGCUUUUAUUGUCGGUGGUGAUGCCAGCUAUCUAAAUCCUCUUCCCGAGGUGCUUGUCCAAUUAAAACUAUGUGCUUGAACUUGAUUUUGAGCCAUUUAAUGCAACAUUUCCUCGACCAACAAGGUCAUCAUCCAUUGGCAAUGGGGUUCAAUUCCUCAACCGUCAUCUAUCAUCAAUUAUGUUUCGCAACAAAGAAAGCUUGGAUCCUUUGCUUAAUUUUCUUCGUGCGCACAAGCAUGAUGGGCAUGCGAUGAUGCUGAAUGAUCGGAUACAGAGCAUGUCCAAACUACAGUCUGCUUUGGAAAUCAUAAGAAUAGAGAAUGAACACCCGGAUGAUAGCCAAUGUAUUGUCAAUGAUAGAGUGGAAGGUCGUCUUAAGGUUACCAGAGCAUUUGGAGCUGGAUUUCUGAAAAAGCCCAAGUUGAACGAUUCAUUAUUGGAAAUGUUUCUAAAUGAGUAUAUUGGAACUGCUCCAUACAUAUCCUGCACGCCUUCUCUUCAUCACCAUAGACUCUACCCAAGAGAUCAAUUUUUGAUCCUCUCAUCCGAUGGCUUAUAUCAGUAUCUGACCAAUCAGGAAGUGGUUUCAAAUGUUGAGAGUUUCAUGGAGAAGUUUCCAGAUGGUGAUCCUGCACGGCACCUAAUAGAGGAGCUGCUCUUCCAUGCAGCUGACAAAGCUGGAAAAAAUGAUACAGCUGCAACAUGAAACACAACUAGGGGAAAGUGAAAAAAACAGAUGCAGAAAUAUGUGAGGAAGUUCUGGGUAAAGCUUCUGGAUAUAACCAAAAUUUUGCAUUUUCACAGACUCAACAUCAUGAUACUACAGCAUAAGCAGAGUUAAGUGCAUAGUGCGACAACAACAACAAAAUAAGAUUAAACAGUUGGAGGAGCAACUCAUCUUAUUUGAUCAACAAAAAGAGAAAUUAAAAAGUCUUGAACAACAAUAAUUUAUCCUGUUGGAGAUGAUGAAGCAGUUAACUAUAGCCCUUGAACUACAACAAUAUGAUAAAGCUCCAACUCGACAGCCAUUGCCAUCUCCAACUGAUGAAGACUCGUCCUCAUCAACUAUAGCUAUUUCAAAAACCUCAACUGGUGACACUUGAGAUGCUAACAAUAUUGAUGGUUAGUUUUUUAUUGUAUGGGUAGUAGAUAUUUUGACAUGGGGGUAGGACCAUCUUUUUAGGAUUGUUUGCAUAUAUCUGU